AUGGAAUCUCAAAGAAGGAACCAGCAAGAAAAGCAAAGGAAGGGCCAUGCCUGUGGCCGACCCCUGCCUGAGCCACACACGGCUUCUGGGACUCUGAUCUCCACAGUAGACAGGAGUCCUGAGUCUUAUAAAAGAUUCUCUGGUACAGGGCUGGGGAGGCCUAAGCUUUGCCCACAGAGGGGCCGUCCCCACUCCCGGCGCCGCCAUCGCACCACCUUCAACCCAGCACAGCUGGAACAGCUGGAAUCAGCCUUUGGGAGGAACCAGUAUCCUGACAUCUGGGCCCGAGAAGGCCUUGCCCAAGACACUGGCCUCAGUGAAGCCAGAAUCCAGGUCUGGUUCCAGAACCGCAGAGCUAAGCAGAGGAAGCAAGAACGGUCCCUGCUUCAGCCGCUGGCCCAUCUGUCUCCUGCCACCUUCUCUGGCUUCUUGCCAGAAUCCCCUACCUACCCCUACUCCUACACCACACCACCUCCGCCGGUACCCUGCUUCCCUCACCCCUACAAUCACACUCUCCCCUCCCAGCCCUCCACAGCUGCCUCAUUCGCUCUUCCUCCCCAGCCAGAGGACUGGUACCCCACCUUGCACCCAACCCCUGCUGGUCAUCUGCCCUGCCCCCCCCCCCCACCCAUGUUUCCCCUGAGCCUCGAGACACCAAAGUCCUGGAACUAA